UCUCAGGAGCGCAACAAGAAGGGGGCAGCUCGGGGAGGCCCUCCGCUCCGCUGCGACGGCGAGGCCGAGAAAACUUUCCUCUUGCAGAGAGCAUGGGGGUCUCCGCUGGGCUCCGGCAGCCGCCCGUCCCCGCGGCGGCGGCGGCGGCUCUCCGAGGCCGUCGAUCCGUGCGGCCGCCGCCGCGCGCGGCAUCCCCUUCGACGCGGUCCGUGUCCCGCGCGGUUAAGGUUAGAGCAAGUGCAAUCAAUGGCCUGCAAAGAAGUAAGAGUAACCUCGAAUCCUUAUUUUGCUAUGACAAAUCUGUUCCGGAGGAGGAUAUUGGUAAACCUACUGGUUUAAAUGUGGAAAAGAAGAACGUUGGGGACAAUCCUCCCUGCACAAGCUGUGAAGCUAAAGGUGCCGUGCUGUGUGCAACCUGUGCUGGUUCAGGCUUGUAUGUUGACUCGAUACUGGAGAGCCAAGGAAUCAUCGUAAAAGUCAGAUGUCUAGGUUGCGGAGGAACUGGAAACAUUAUGUGCUCAAAAUGCGGAGGCCGCGGCCACACAUGAACUCCACUAGCAUCCUUGCCAAGUGACAAUGUGACAUACGUUGGGAUUUGUGUUUGUGGUGACAAAAUAGAGUCUUCCCAUACGACUCCAAAGCUGCUCAGAAUGUGUGCUACAUUUACAUGAUUCAGUGCUGAGGGUAGCUGCUUUUUAUAUGGAGGCAUGCCUCCGAAGCUGCUGGACCAAUCCUCUUUUUUUUUUUCAUGUUUGAAAUUUCGUUAUGAUGGUGUAUCGUAAGGGUGUAAUGGAUUACAGUGCUGUUAAAUUACUCAAACGAACUGCAUCGAUGGGAAUUUUUGCCGGAUCAGGUGGGCUAAGGCAGAGUUCCAAUGAAUACAAGGGGAUGUAACCGGAUUUGUCUGCAAAA